AUGAGCAACGAAUACGAUUAUUUGUUCAAGCUUCUGUUAAUCGGUGACUCCUCUGUCGGCAAAUCUUGUCUUCUUCUCAGAUUCGCUGAUGAUUCCUACGAUGACAGUUACAUUAGCACCAUAGGAGUUGAUUUUAAAAUUAGGACAAUAGAGCUGGAUGGGAAGACAAUCAAGUUGCAAAUUUGGGAUACUGCUGGCCAGGAGCGGUUCCGCACCAUCACGAGCAGUUACUAUCGAGGAGCGCAUGGGAUCAUUAUUGUGUAUGACGUGACUGAGAUUGAGAGCUUCAACAAUGUUAAGCAAUGGCUUAAUGAGAUUGACCGAUAUGCAAAUGAUAGUGUAUGCAAACUUUUAGUGGGGAACAAAUGCGAUCUAGUAGAGAACAAAGUCGUGGACACACAAACAGCAAAGGCAUUUGCAGAUGAGCUUGGGAUUCCUUUCCUCGAGACAAGUGCCAAAGAUGCUAUCAAUGUGGAGCAGGCUUUCUUAACUAUGGCAGGGGAAAUUAAGAAAAGAAUGGGUAGCCAGCCAAGUGCAAACAAGAAGUCGACUAACACGGUUCAAAUCAAGGGGCAGCCAAUUGAGCAGAAGAGCAACUGUUGUGGAACAUCACAAAAUUCAUCUGUAGGCCUUGGUUCAGUUUCAUUGUGGCUAAGGCUUUGUAGAGUAUUUUCUAAGGAUUCUGUGCUCUGGGAUUCAGGAUCAGGUGUGUCACAACAGGUGUUUUGUGUUGGUGUGGUCAGACCAAGAUCAUUAUAA